GAAGUAGAAGAAGCAGAAGAAGAAGAAUAUUGAUUAUUUUUGACAACGUCAACAUGGCUGCUGUCACUGAUCCCGAAUCGGAGGUGUUCGAGAUCACGGAUUUCACCACUGCGUCAGAGUGGGAAAGGUUUGUGUCCAGGGUUGAAGAAGUCUUAAAUGAAUGGAAACUAACCGGAAACUCCACAAGGAAGCUGUCCAAAGAAAAGGCUGACUUUUCGAAUGGCACUUGGGAGGAGAAAUCUCAGGAGAUUAAUUUUGUCGAUUUUACCUUCUCCAUGACCCACUAUGCAUUGGUGCAAGACAAUGAGAACGAUACAAAUACUGAAUUGGAGGAAGCUCCCUUUCCCUUCGCAAUGCAGGACCUUUUGUGCACCAAAAAUGACUUCCCUCCUCGUGCCCACUGCUUGGUGAGAUGGUACGGGAUAAGAGAGUUUGUUGUCAUCUCCCCAGGGUCCAACGUCGAGGCUAUCAUCAGCGAGUCCAAAUGUAAUUUGCUUCUCAGCUCCAUCUCAGUUUCUCUGGUCAACAGUGGCUGCCAAGUCCCCAUGUUUGUGCAGAUCCAGCAAAAGUGGAGGCGACUAUAUUCUGGUGAAUGUCAGGGACAUGGUGUCCACACCGAAUUUGAGAUGGUACACCUUCGUAAGGUACCAAGUCAGUACAACCACCUGUCUGGACUUCUUGACAUCUUCAAAACAAAGACAGGAUACACCAUAUAUCCUUUGCCACCAAUCAACGUCGCAAUCCGUUUUACCUACAUUCUUCAGGACUGGCAACAGCAUUCUUGGCCCCUGCAGCCUCCCGACUUUGACAACCUUCUCGGAGGUGAGGUGGGAGUGGAGGAGAUUGGGAGGCUUCCAUUUGGUGCAUGUGAAGAAACAAUCAGUGAGCUUCAUCUUUCAAUCACUUGGCCUGAGUUGACAGAAGGUACUGUAUUGGACAAUGACGUUUACAGUGAUCUUGACCCUCUCCAUGCGCCUCACUGGGCACUCCGGAUCAAGACAGUUGAACAUCCUCAGUGUUUACUAGGUGACUUGCUGACAGACCUAUUUAAGUUACGGGGCAGAAAGGAGACUACAGAAGAGAUUCUUGGAAGAGGAUCGGCUGAGGAGGAGGGCAAAGAUGGUAACAUCAGUUCCGCUCUAUCAAGGCUGACAGAGCCAACUGCACCGGUGCUGAUCUCCAAACUCUCAGUUUCGAGUAUGGUGCAUAAUGCUCGAAGGCACAUUCAACGGCACAGACUUAAUGAUGAGUCCCCACUUGGGAUUGAAGAACUUAAUUGUAUUCUUCAGUAUCUUUUUCCAGAUGCUGGUAUGGAUAAGACAGAAAAUCAAUCCGCGCAACCAAAUAGCUAUGGAAAGUCUCAAAAAGAUCAAAAUACUGACGACCUUUUUAUUCAGUUGAAGUCGGCACCAGUUGAAAGUCUGACCCAUCGGCUGGCACUCUGCAUGUGUCUCGUCAACUUCUACCAUGGUGGGCUGCGGGCUGUGGCCUACCUCUGGCAGGAGUUUGUCCUUGAGUUGCGAUACCGCUGGGAAAACAAUUACCAAAUCUGUGGAGUGCAAGAAGAACUACCUGAUCUCCGCUGUUGUCUUCUACAUCAGAAGCUGCAGAUGCUCAAUUGUUGCAUCAAGAGGAAGCAAGCCAGAGAUAACAUUUGCAACACCCCCGAGAGAAGCAGUGAAACUGCCUCCCAGAACAUCCACCAACCGACACAAUUUACAGCAACGGCUUCCUCCAGCCAAAUAACUGCUGGGUCACCUGGGAAAUCCUUGGACUCUUGGAGUGACAGUGAAGAAGAGUUUUUUGAAUGCCUGAGUGAUCAGGGGGACACCGAGACGCCGUCUAUGAGAAGGGAAAAAGAUGGCAGUAAAACAAGAGCAGAGGGGAGGAUGCACCCCUGUAACGGCAUGACCCUUCUGAACUCUUCAGAGCUUCUCUUUAUUCCUGUGACACAAGAACCUGCUCCCAUGACUGAAGAUUUAUUAGAGGAGCAGUCUGAAAUACUAGCAAAACUGGGGACAUCAGCCGAAGGUGCCCAACUCCGUGCUCGGAUGCAAAGUGCUUGUCUUCUGUCUGACAUGGAGUCUUUUAAGGCAGCCAACCCAGGUUCUGUUCUGGAGGACUUUGUUCGCUGGUACUCCCCCAGGGAUUUUUUGGAGGAGAUUGUCAACGAGACGAGCCAAACCGUUUUGAAAGGCCAGUUAAGUCCAAGGAUGAAAGUCCCAGGCAACAUAUGGGUAGAGACUUGGGAGAAUGCCAAGGCUGUACCUGCACAUCGCCAGAGGAGGCUUUUUGAUGAUACCAGAGAAGCAGAAAAGGUCUUGCAUUUUUUGGAAGUGCAGAAACCUGCAGACCUGAGUUGCCAUCUUCUGCCAUGCAUAAUACAUGCUGCAAUUUUGAAGUUGAAAGAGGAAGAGGCAUUUGAAAACAUACCAUCUGUCAAAAACAACAUCCAGAAAGCUACAGUUCAAGCAAGCAAGCUGCUUCAACAAUUCAAUCCCGACUACAGUAAUUUAGAGGAUUGCAUUGACUUUUUGAUUGCCAUGGAGAUGGUCAUCGCCCAGUAUCGGUCUCUCAAAACAAAGUUUGCAAUUGCUGAGGCUGAGAAUGAAGAGCAAAGAGAGAAUCUAAGACAAUUUCUUAACUCUCUGCUAGAAGAGCCAGAAGUUGUGGUGAGUGGAGCUGGUCAGGGAAAGAUCGGUGGCAUCAUUUACAGGCUGUUUGUGAAUGUGCAAGAGAGUGCCAACCUGGAUAAAGAACCUGUAUUGAAAAAGAACGAAGAAAGGAAGCUGACCGAGGGAGACGGCAAAAAUCAUGACUUCCCAUCGCCAGCAGGCCGGGAGAUUUUGUUGCGUACUUGCAUCCCUCGACCAGCACCGUAUUCCAAGUCUCUUCCUCAACGGCUUUUUUGUGUAUUAACGAGAGAUGAAUUCAGACUUGUCGGGGCCUUCUCCUCUGACACAUCUUUCUUUUAAUUCCUCAAACUACAGCAAAACAAUUACAGUUUUUUAAUGCGCAAUUGUGACUAAUGUAACUGGUAUUGCAUAUCAAUACCUGAAGCUAUAAUACACUAUAUGAUCUUUUGAGAGCCAAAAAAGGAAAGGAAUUAUUUGCAAUGAAAACCAUGAGGACCUGCUGCAUAUGCAUAAUUUUGUUAUUCGUGUAUUGUAAAAUCUCACGAUGUUAACAUUUAUUAAAAGCUUCUGUCUUCCA